CAGCAUGCAGUCAUCUGGUGCAUGCUUAUGUUCACCUAAAAUAAUUUGUCCAAAUUGUUGUUUCUUCGUGUCUUCGGGAUAGCUUUUGCGUUUGUGCGGGUGGUCUGCAGGAGCCUGUAGCUUCUUGUACGUUGGUAGGGCAUAAGCUCUUGUCUCGUCAGCCGCUUCCCAGGUGUUCACGUAUAUUUCCAGCUCUGUCAGAUAGGAAGAGUACAGCAGAACGAAAAUGGAGGGUGGCAAGUCGUCCGAGGUGGACGAGCAUGAGCAGGCAGCCACUGCCUAUGUGGAGAGGUAUUUGGGCGUAGUUGAGAACUUCCCGAAUGAGCUGCAACGAGUGAUCACGCAGGUACGUGAGCUGGACACGCGAACAUGCAUGGAGCUGAAGGAAUAUCAAACGAGACACUCGACGUUCGUCAGGGAUCUGACGUCUGGCGACACCAGUGCUCGUGCUCGUUCUCACAUCGCUCUCCGGCGAUCUCUGCUGAGAGAACGUGAGCUGGGAGACGAGAAGCUGCAGUUGGCCAACCAGCUUGUGGACAUGGUAGAGGGAGCGACGCGGGUGCUGGAUGAGGAUUUCCAACAUCUAGAGGCUGUGCAAACGGAUCCAGACUAUAGUAUGGCGAAUGGUGGCAGCUAUGCACGGCAUGACUAUCAUCAAGCCGACCACGCGGCGCAUGGCGGACCCAGUGGAGUGGGAACGUCUGCAGCCAGCACCAGUAACAGUCUCACUCACCAGCAGGCGUACCCUGCCAAUGCGCACCACCAGCACCAAGCUGGCUCGACCGCAACAGCCGGCUCCUCGUCACACCAUCACUAUCAGCAGGCCAGAAGCGACGAGCGCGGAACACACCAGGCUUCGGGACCCAAUCCGAAACGUCGAAAGUCCAAGUCGAAGCAGCAGUCGGAGCAGCGCGACCCGACAGACGACGCGAUGAUGACAUCGUCCGCCCACGCUCACAAAGAGAGCAGCAGUUCUGGCGGGCCGGGGACUGCAACGACAGCGGCAUCCGGCGGUGGCGCUGCUGCUGCUGCUGCUUCUGCCACCUCUGCUGCCGCUAGCGCCGUCACCACCACUGGGCACAGUACGGGGGCCAGCGUGGGCCGGCCGGUCAAGCAGGGCAACCGCAAACCGCGCGUCAAGGACAAGAUGGCCAAGCGAACGGAGAGCGGCGAGCGCGGUGGCGGUUCGAGCUCGCAGAAGAACUCCUCGUCGUCGGGCAGCGGUGUGGCCGUAAAGCCGCUGGCCACCGUUAUUCCAUCGGACACGGUGAUCGACCCCAACGAGCCGACCUACUGCGUGUGCCAUCAAGUGUCGUACGGAGAGAUGAUCGGUUGCGACAACACGUCGUGCGAGAUCGAGUGGUUCCACUUCGCCUGUGUCAGUCUGGUCUCCAAGCCGAAGGGCAAGUGGUAUUGUCCGAACUGCCGGCGCGAUCACCAUCGCGCCGACCAGGCCAAGCUAUCGACCGCGUCGGAAAAGUCCAGCCGUGGACGGUGACAUAAUCAUCGUGCGCGCAGGCGUCUAACGUUUAUUGAUCCAGCAGUGGUGGUAGGUGUGAGAGUCGUGAUAGUGUGGUGUUGUCACAGAUGUUCCCAGGAACUCCGGUGACAAUGCGAGAGUGUUCUAUCACUUGUUGCUUUGGCAGCUCUGUCUGCGGACGAAUGAUGGCGGUGUUGAGAACGAUCUGUGGAGUAUGGCAUUAUAGAACCUUGCGUAUGCUGCUCCCAUAGGCUAUGUUUAUAGAAUUGGCUGUUGUAUCUGCUCUCUCUCUCUCUCUCUCUCUCUCUCUCUCUCUCUCUCUCUCGCUCUCUCUCGCUCUCUCUCGCUCUCUCUCUCUCUCUCUCUCUCUCUCUCUCUCUCUCUCUCUCUCUCUCUUUCCCUCUCUUUAGUUCUCGCUCUCUUUCCCUCUCUUUCUCGCUCUCUCUCUCUCUCUCUCUCUCUCUCUCUCUCUCUCUCUCUCUCUCUCUCUCUCUCUCUCUCUCUCUUCUUCUUCUUCUUCUUCUCUCACUCUUUCUCUCUGGUGCUCUGCGUACCAUGUUCUUUCCUUUCUGCUACUGCUGGUGUGAUAUGACUAACACUUACUCUGCAGCUGUUGAUUGCUUUUACCCGCAAGUGGUUACCUGGUGGCGUGCGAACACAUGUGUGUGCUCCUCGCUCGCAAGCCUUCUUUUUUUUGUUGGCGGCUUGUCAGCCAUCUGUUCUUCGGAUUGUACAUAUGACAUUCUCGUUCAUGUGUGCGUGUACGUAUAUAAGUGUGUGUAGAUACCUGGCGAUGAUGCACUGCACGAGCAGUGUACUUGCGCUCUGCGGCCUUUCUCUAACCGCUUCCGUCUGGCGCGCGCUAUGACUUUGUGACCACGCGCUGCAGGAUAUGUGAACACAGCGUGUGUUUGUGUGCGUGCGUGCGUGUGUGAUCACGUGUCACCAAGGCCUGCACAUACCCGGUUCACGAAAUGUCAGGAAUGUCAUCGUCAUGACUACCAUUAUGCUGCAUGUAUUAACAGAGUGUAAUUGGCUGCUGCUGCUGCUCUCCCUCUCUCACUCUCUCUCUCUCUCUCUCUCUCUCUCUCUCUCUCUCUCUCUCUCUCUGGCGGCGCGUGCGCUUCUCGCAAUAGUCCUGCGCCGCUCGGCACUGUUCACACUUAGUUUAUAAUUCCUCCACUACCUCUCUCACCCAUUCCCUCUAGCUUACUCCUCCACUACCUCUCUCACCCAUUCCCUCUAGCUUACUCUCUGUCUCUAUCUGCCCUAGGGACUGACGUACACAUACAUGUACAUGGAGAUUUCUGGCUCCUUUCUAGUACCUUGUAGUAUAGCCGCGUGGUGUCUCAGCUCUGCAAGCUGCUUAGUGUCUUUUGUCUUUUUCUGUUUGAAAUUUUUUAAGUUGCCGAUGAUGGAGUUUGU